AUGGUUCGUCACAACAAGAACACACAACUUGCCAAGCCUCAACGCAGUGGAUUCGGUUUGCUGGACACAUUCUUUGAUGACCCAUGGUUCCGAGCAUUUGAUAGAUUCGAUGAUCGUCUCGAACAGGUCUGGAAGCCAACCACAGAUAUUAGCGAGACUGACAAGGAAUUGAAGGUCAUUUGCAACUUACCAGGAAUUACAAAGGAAAAUGUCAAGAUUGAUGUCGAUGAAGAGAAUAGAUUGUUGACAGUUUCUGGACACAUGGACAAGGAAAAGAAAGAAGAAAACGAGACCUAUCACUGUGUCGAGAGAUCUCAUGGUGACUUCUCAAGAACUGUCUAUUUGCCACCAAAUACUGACAUGAAUAAUAUUAAGGCCAAUCUUGAACAUGGUGUCUUGAGAGUCAUUGUACCAAAGAAUGUUCAAGAAAAGAAGACCAGAUCCAUCAGUGUCGAGUAA